AUCCUCAAGCCUAAAGGAACAAGAAACGUGCUGGCAAAUCUCCAGAGGUAUAGAACAGAGCACACUUAGUGUUAAGUACAGUAAAUGCCCAUAUUGAACUUCCAUUGGAAGGCCGACAGGAUGCCUGGAGGAGAAAUUGUCUACACAGUGCUGGCGGUGCUGAUCGCUGUUGCCUGCUGUCUGGGAAAUGUCCUGGUGAUCUGGGCAGUGUGGUCGAGCAGCAACCUCCGGCAGCCCACCUUCUGUUUUUUGGUCUCCCUGGCUGCAGCUGACUUCCUUGUAGGUUCUGUGGCUGUGCCGCUGGCUGUGCUGGUGGAUGGACGGGUGUGCACCUCGUUCAAUGUAUGUCUCUUCAUAAGCUGUGUGGUCGUCAUGUUGACAAUGUCUUCGGUCAUGUCUCUGCUAGCCAUCUCUGUGGACAGAUUCCUACGCGUCUUCAUCCCUCUCAGGUACAAGAGGACAGUAACAGAGAGGAGAUCUUGGGUGGUGGUGGCAAUAUGUUGGUUUGUUGCCUUCAUGUUGAGCUUCCCACCCAUGCUUGGGUGGUACAACCGUGACACCUUGUCUCACUCAGGGAACUCAACCACCAUAAUCUGCCGUUUCCUGUCUGUGAUUCCCAUGUCAUACCUGGUUUACUUUGUAUUCCUCCUCUGCACCCUCACUCCGUUGCUUGUCAUGGCUGUCCUUUACUGCUACAUCUUCUGUAGUAUCCAGAGGAACAUGAGAGAGAAGGUGGGGUGCGGUGCCCAGUCCCACACCUACUUCAGGAAGGAGAGGAGCCUGGCCCGAUCCCUGACUCUGGUCCUGGUGCUCUUCGCCUUUUGCUGGCUCCCUCUGGACAUCAUGAACUGUGUUGCCUACUUUGGUAACCCAUCAGACAUACCCCAACAGGCCUUCUACGUGGGCAUCCUCCUCUCCCAUGGCAAUUCAGCUGUCAAUCCAAUCGUUUAUGCCUUCAGGAUCCGCAAGAUCCAGGAAGCGUACCUGAGGAUAUGGAGGAAGGUCUUUGUGUGUCGAGGUGACAGGCAGGGCUCUCAGAGCAACCACACCACUGAAAAAAAUAUUAGCAGCAACCCUGACAGUGCGACCAGAAAUAAUGAUGCAGAUGCUAUCAGUGUUGUGAAAAUCGGCACAGUUGAAGGGGCAGAAUGUUAAUGGUGUAGGAAGACAACAAAAAUGAUUGUCGUUUAGCUUUUUCUAUCUUUGGCAAAGUGCAUCAAGACCUAAGAACCUGAAUAAAAAGGGAAACUACUGCCAGGGUGUUACAUUUCACAUUUGUUGAAUAAAACUGAGGGUUAAUAAAUACAUAGAGAAGGUUGCAAAGAUGUCAAGUAAGAGGGCUCUUUUUCGGUUUCAGUUUACUCAUGAAUUUCCUUUUCUUGAAUGUACUGAAUUUUAAAUGUUUUUUUUCUGUAUGAUCAAAUUGGCAAGAAAUGGAAAUAACAUGAUUUAUAUGGAAGUUUCCAAUUAAUAUGGAGAUGUCUAAUCUGAAAAUGUGAAUGUGAAUGUGGAUUGGGCAUAUGAAACAA